UCCUACGCCUACGCAACGCGCGUUGGUGUGGGCCGGUGGAUAAAUAUUGCACACGUGACGGUUACCUUCCCCCACUACAACACUACUAUAUAGGUGCCUGUCACAUCUUUAAUUCCCAUUUAUUUUCUAAUUUUACCCGUCCCCGUCCCCGACCAUUCUCCUCCGUCGCCGCCGCCGCUUCCACGCUGCGCUUCACUCCGCUCUGCCUAGGGUUUCACUUCGUCUUCCUCUGCUUCUGCUUCUGCUUCUGCGGCAUUGUGUGUUUGUGUGUGGCUUUUCUUCAAUAAAUGCGUUGAAAUUGAAACGAAACGACGAUAUCCACUUUUUGAAGGUUAUGGUGUUUGUUUUGUUAUUUUCAGGUAUCGACGAUUUCCCUCUGCCAUUUCUGUCUCUCCUGAACUUUCUUUCUGCGCCUUUUGCUUUUUACGUACGUGCCGGUGCCUCUUCCAUAACUCCCUCCCUUCAUCUUAAUUUCGCUUCUCUCUCUCUCUCCCUCUCUUACUUUUUCUGCCUUCCCACUCUCUCUCUCCUCCUCUUCUUCUUCUUCUUUGGAAAAAUAUCCGUAUUAUUCCUUUUCUGUCUCUUGUUCUCGUCUUUCUUCUUCCUCCAUAACUGCCACUUCUCUUGCACCAUAACACGCUUCCAUAUUUCCCUCUAUAACUGGUUUCCCUUUUUCCUUGAGAAUUGGACCGCCGCGCGCGGUGUUUUCCCUCCCCAUUUGAUUCGUCUUUUUCGCGGCUUCUGGGGCUACGCCUAGGGGUCAGUACUCUGACCGCUGCUCAGCCAGCCCUCGACUCGAUUUUCUUCACUACUUGUUCUUCUUCAAAGUCAAUCAACUCUCUUUCACAUAUCUUCGUUUCGACGGCUCUUCUCUCUUUCUUUGACUCAUUCUGAUUCUGAUUCUGAUUGUGUUUCUCUGGUGACGUGAUGUUUUCGUUCCUCUUCCCAACGCAGGCUUUUUAGUCCUCUCUGAAGCUCUCUUAACAAGGACGGCCUAAUUCCUUCGACUUCGAUUUCGACUUCCUUCGCUCUCUCCGAUUCUUUCUGUAACAGCCUCUCUCAACUCUACAGGAUUGCGGUUCUAAAUGAUGAAAGACGAUCUAUCUACUACUACUACUGCUACUCGGCGAGUCUCGGUGAUUUUCGCCUCAGUUUUCUUCAUCUUCUUUUCGCUGUCUGCGCUCCUUACAGAUCUGGAUAUUAUUGGUUCCUUUAUGAACUCCAGUCCCCCGAGUUAUCUUCCGCUGGGACUUAACACCACAAUAGUUGCUCCUCAUCGCAAGCUUCUCCUGACUAAAGCAACAAUUGAGGAACCAACCAGAAUUUGGGGUGAAAAGUGUACAAAAUCAGACAUUGUGAUUAACCAAGGCCCCACUGCUCCACUUCCCACUGGAAUUCCCACCUACACUGUGGAGGUGGUGAACGCUUGCGUUACUGGGUGUGACAUCUAUGGCAUUCACUUCAAAUGCGGCUGGUUCAGCUCAGCCCACCUCAUAAACCCCAGAGUUUUCAAGCGCCUUCGCUACGACGACUGCCUGGUGAACGACGGCAAGCCUCUGGUCUACGGAGGCACGCUCUCUUUCCAGUAUGCCAACACUUUUCCUUACCCGCUUUCAGUCUCCUCAGUUGUCUGCAGCUGAAACGACACGCGCCAAACCAACUGGGAGACACUCAUAUAAAGCACUAGAAGCAGCAGGUACUUUAGUCGAUUUCAGAUUGACGAUGGACGGCCCCCCACCUGCCUUUUCUUUUCCUUUAAAUUUUUUUGGGUUCUGCUUUUGCUUUAUAUGGGUGUGGCCUGUGUGGGCAUUAUUUGUUUUCUGUCUCUGAUCCUUGGAGUUUUCUUUAGAGAGGUAUGAUUUUUAGUGUUGUGUUGAGGUUGGAUGGAGGGUUGUGGUUCAAUAAUGGUCAUCACACCAAACUUUGCACAUACAUAGACGGUGAGGUAGGGAAGAAUUGAUAGGAACCUACUUCGAUUUUAAUUUCUUUUUUUUUUUUUUUUCAUUUUUUUGGGUGUUGUGGGAUAGACAUCGGGGGUAGAAAGACUAAGUGUAUAUAUAAUAGUAGUUAUAUACAAUUUGAUAUUACGAUGUUAGUGUGACAAUCUUAGAAGAAGAUUAAAAACAUUAUAUGAAGAAUGUUUCUGUUUGUU